AUACCGACGAAGAAGAUGGAGAAACUUCAUUUGGAAACUCUCCUCCCUUCAAUUCCUUCCCCUCAUUCCGCCCAGUCCGGCUCCGGAGUCCCCAAGAACAAGAAGAGGAACAAGGAGGAGGAGAACACAUCGAUCCAAACGAACGCCGCGACCGAGACGAUUGAGAGAUAAAAUGGCGUCGGCCUGCUUCUUCGCCCGCUGCGCCUCCCUCCCCGCGCGCCUCGUCGCUCACCCCACGCCCCUCGCCAUCACCUCCUGCAGGCUGCGGCGGCUCGGCGCCGAGGGAGCAAGGCCGGUGUGCGCCGCCGGGAGGAUGCUCGGCUCCGUCAGAUACGGCACCGGAGCGGCGUUGGGCCCCAAGGAAGCGGGUGCGGAGGUGGCCGCCGUGCCGCCAUCGGUGCCGGUGCGCGUCGCCUACGAGCUGCAGCUGGCCGGCCACCGCUACCUCGACGUCAGAACGGAGGGCGAGUUCGGCGGCGGGCAUCCGGCAGGAGCGGUGAACAUCCCCUACAUGCACAGCACCGGCUCAGGGAUGGCCAAAAACUCAGGUUUUCUAGAGCAAGUGUCGGCGAUAUUCAGGAGGGAGGACGAGAUCAUCAUCGGAUGCCAAAGUGGCAGGAGGUCUCUCAUGGCAGCAGCCGAACUCUGCUCCGCCGGUUACACUGGUGUGACCGACAUCGCCGGAGGGUAUUCUGCUUGGAAGGAGAACGAGCUGCCGAUCAACCAGUGAUGUCGUCGACUUCUCAAUGUGUCUGAAACAUUACAACCUGUCUCGAGGGUUGAGGCUACUCUGCUCCAAGGUUGUAACCAGUAUUGUCGUCUUGAUCUCGGAUUCAAGGCACCACGAUAGUGCACUCAAUAAAUUAGUGUAGCUUGCCAUUUAUGUAUAGGAUAUGUGCAAAAUGUUAGCACAACAAAAGAUUAUGACCCUGUCCAAUAUUCCUUUCGAUGCCUUCUGUAAAUUGUGUAAAACCUAAUCUGAUCAGAAUUUUUUAAGCU